AUGUAUGAAUAGAUUGAUGAUGAAGUGUACUAAAAUUAAAAAGGGUAAACUGUGAUUUCAUUUGAAAAUACAGAAAAAAAUACCAUGGAGAAAAUUUAGAAUUUAAAAACCAUUUAAAAUAAAAUUGCCUAAUAAUAAAUAUAUCAAAAACAUGUUAUACAAAUAGAAGAUCACAAGGAGGAUAAAAAUACAAAAAAAAUAUUUGUAAUAUUUAAAAAUAAGAAUUACUUCAAUUUUAAUAAAGUAAGAGGAUUAGAUGAAUUAUAAAAAUAUGAGCUUUUCAUUUAAGCUUGCAUUUUACUUAAAAUUCUCUAUGAAAAUAAAAAAUUUCUUUUACCAUAAUUAACUAAUAAAAACUUUUUUUUUCAGGGAGAAAGUUUGAUGGUAAGUUUUAUUUCUUUAAAAAAAAAUUAAGAUGGUUUAGAAACUAAUUACAUUGUAGUUGCAAAAUUAAUGAAAGAAAUAAUUAAACAUAAAUCUUGUUCAAUACCUAUCGAAAUUUUAAAAUUUCUUUUAUAAGAAAUUAAAGAAUUGAAAAAAAAUAAAAAUAUCAAUAUAAUGCAGUUUUUAUCUGAAUAUUCAUAUAUCUAUGAAACUUAUUUCUAAAAAAUUUAUAAAAUGUAAAUAUAAUUAUAACUAAUUCAAGGCCUUAAUUACCAGAUUAAUUAAAAGAAUUGAUUCAAAAUAAAUAUAGAAAAAAUGUACGAAGUGAUUCUUAAUUAUUGUUAUAACAAUCUCAAUCGCUCUAAAAUAAAAUGUAAUUUCAGAAAGAAUUAUUAGAUCAAGCUGAAAUAUUUAAAUCUCAAAUCUAAAACAACAGCAUGAUUAUAAAUACAAUUGAUGAGAAUUAUUAUUACUAUUUCGAUUUAGAAUUUUUAUUAGAUCUAGAGAAGAUUUAUAAUAAAUCAGAUGAAUAAGAUGAAAAAAAGAAAAGGAAAAUUAAAAAACUGAAGAGAUUAGUUGAUUUAUAAAACAUACUUUAUUCAAUCUAAAUGGGGCUGAACUUUGAAAUUCAAAAUUUAUUUAGUUUUAAUCCUUCAGAGUAAUAUUAUAUCUUAAAGCAUAUGGAAGAAUAUUAUAAUUAAAAAAAAGAUAUGAAUUAAUUAUUUAAUUUCAGGUUUGAAUAUGAAUUUAUCAUAAAUAAACUGAAUCUAAUGGAUACAUAAGAAUUUGAAUUUAAUUAAAUCCCGAAUAGUUUUGAAAGUUAGUUCUUUGUAGAGGUAAAUUCUGGUCUUGAAUGGUUUCAUCUUGGAAAUAAUAUAAUUAUCAAUUCUUACAUCGACAGUCUUUAAAAAAAACAACUUAUAUUCACGGACUACUGGAAUGAAUAAAAGUAGUAUAAUAAAUAUCCAUGUUUUCAAGUAAGUUAUUUAGUUGAUUCAAAUAAAUUUCAAGUAGGAUAUGCAAUAGAUAAAGAAGGCAAUUACCUUAAAGGAAUUUUUUAAAAUGGAAGCCUUAAAUUUGGAGAUAUCUUAUAAUAAAAAUAUCAUAAUUAAAUAAAUGAAUAUAAAAAUAUUAGCUAUUCUUGUUAGAAAAAGGAAAGUUGUGGAUAAAAUUGCAAUUGUGGGUAAAUUUGCAUUUAUGGGGAAAAUUGUAUAAAAGUCAAAAAAUCUAUUUAAAAAUAAGAAUAAAAAUAAAUUAAAAUUUUAGAGAAAUACGUAGGAGAUUUUAAGAAUGGAGAAUAUUUUGGAAAAGGAAUAUUAACUCAAAUUCUUUUAGAAUAUCGAGGAAAUUUUCGCAAUGGAUUGUUAGAAGGAAAAGGAACUUUGAUAGUGCUUUAUCAUGAAUCUGAAUCUUGUAACUUAAAUUUCUAUCGAUAUGUGGGAAAUUUCAGUAAAGGAUUUUUGGAUGAUGAAAAGGGAAAAUUUUAUAUUAAUAACAAUUUAACCUAAAUAGAAAUAAGAAAUACGAGAAGGGAAAAAUCGUAUAGAGAAAUUCGAUAAUAAUGA